UUUUGUUUCUAUUGAAUGACAGUUGUAACCUACGAAAGAAGUCUGUUGUAAUUUGUACGAUAUCUUUAUAAAAUGGUUCGCAUAAGUUAUCUAGCAGUGCAACUAAACAAAUACAAAAAUCAAAACGUCGCGGUUUUUGGUCUUGGUAAAACUGGUUUAUCCGCCAUUAACGCUCUAACAAAGAGUGGUGCAAGAAUAUAUGCAUGGGAUGAUCAUGAAGAGCAAAUAGCAAAUGCAAAAAUGAUGUAUAAAAAAUGUAAUUUUAUUCAUCCCAAGGAAUACAAUUGGCAUGAGAUCAGUGCAUUGGUUUUAAGCCCUGGAGUGCCAACAGAGCCACAUUGGAUAGUAAAACUUGCAAGGAGAUUUGAUUGCAAAAUAAAAUCAGACAUUGAGCUAUUUCUUGAAGCUAAAACUACGAACCAGAAGGUAAUAGGCGUCACAGGAACAAAUGGUAAAUCAACCACUACAUCACUAAUAGGGCACAUAUUAAAAUCUGCAGGGAAAAAAGUAGCUAUUGGUGGAAAUUUAGGCGUUCCUGUUUUGGAUCUAGAAAGAGAUGCAGAAAUUUAUGUAAUCGAACUCUCCUCUUUUCAAUUGGAGUUGAUGAAUGAAAUUAACGUGGACAUUUCAGCACUGCUCAAUAUUACACCAGAUCACAUAGAUAGGCAUGGAAGUAUGGAGAACUACAUAGCAACUAAAUUAAAACUGAUAAACGGUAGUGAGGUUGCCGUAAUAGGAUGUGACAAUGAGAUUACUGCUGAUAUAUUCAACAAAUUCACUGGAGACAAAAUUCCAAUCUCAGUAACAUAUUCCCCGAUGUCAUUCCAGCGCGUGACGCUGGAAUCCAGAAAAGAAAAACCAUUGCCAACUACUCAGAUGACAGAGGGUGGUGCAAGAGAUCUAAUAUCAUUGGCAGGUAACAAUUUGCUUGAUUAUAGUGAACAGAUUACUGGUAUAGAUCGAAAUUAUCUGGAUCCCAGUGUCAGCUACUUGGAUGACAAAAGGGGCACUGGGAUCCAGAAGAUCUCGUUAAAACUAGAGAAUCAUAGCUUAUCAGUAAGCGACGUGAAAAUAAACCUAAUAUCCAACGCAGAAAACAUAGCAGCCACAUAUGCCGUAUGUAAGGUACUUGGAGUAGAUAGCAACACUAUUAUCAAUGGAAUCAAGUCCUUUUCAGGACUGAGGCAUAGGAAUGAACUGCUUGGCAAAAUAAGAAAUGUGUUUUUCGUGAACGAUAGCAAAGCAACUAAUGCAAAAUCGAGCGAAAAGGCGAUCUUAUCUUAUGAAAACAUAAAUUGGAUCGCUGGUGGAAGAAGCAAAAAAGGUGGAAUAGAAUCAUUAAGCAAGCAUUUUACAAGGGUUAGAAAAGCUUUUCUUAUUGGAGAAUCAACCGAAGCUUUUGCAAAUGUUAUGGAGAAUAAAGUAGAUUAUGUUAAAUGUUGCAAUCUAGAAGAUGCAUUCAGAUUGGCUUUUGAAGAGGCCUUAAAUAGCGCAGAAGAAGUAACAAUAUUACUUUCUCCCGCGUGUGCUUCUUUUGAUCAAUGGAAAAAUUUCGAGGAACGUGGUGAAGCAUUUUGUAGAAUGUUUGAAAAUCUCAGGUACAAUCACACAUGCUGUUUAGUAUGAUGUUGCGUGGAACAAAAGUUAAUAAUAGAUAAGCUAAUUAGGGUUAUUCCAUUUGAAGGGAUAAGCGAUGAA